AUAGGUCUUCUACUGUUGGAAAGCCUGGAUUCUGUAAACGUUGCAACCGCCUUAUUGCUGUCUCAUGUCACAGUGUUGAUGAUAACAAGGAAAGGCAAGGAAAAUGAUUUGACAACGACAUCUACUACUAGCUACGUUGGCUACAGCCUAGCCUGCUUCUUAUCGCCCUAGUGUGGUCAUAUCUCUUUCUACCUGCGAUUUAAAACCUCACUUUGAAUGAAGUCUGUCAGCCGUUUGAACACCAUGCUUAAUGUUAGUGACACCACUAGAGAUCACCAGACAUGUCUGAAGACCUUCCAGACAGCUCAUUUCCCUAAAAGUCACAUCAUUAGUCCCAUAGAGCUGGCUAAGAAUGGCUUUGAGUACACUGGCAUUGGGGACCGUGUUCGCUGUGUCUACUGUCAAGGAAUGCUUGACGACUGGCAGCUGGGAGACAGUGUGGAGAAGGAACACAGGCGGCAUUUUCCUUAUUGUCCGUUUGUCCAGGAGAGAGAUAUGAACGAUCGCAUUUACAACUCGACACACAUCUUUCCCUCAUUUCUGCCAGACAGCUUCGAGAGGUUCCACACAGCUGCUACCCAACCUGAUUAUGUGCCGUAUGCUGCACUUCGCACCCGUUUUGGUCAGAAUUCUACAGCUCAGACUCAACUUUCUAGCUUACAUUCUGCUGCACAGAAUGGAUGGACUUCAGACGUGCGUGAUUCAUUGACCAGCAGGUUGCCCAGCAGUGUACCGACUCCAGUUCGAAUUCCAUUCAGUAUCCAAACUGCUUUACCAUCCCAAUAUCCAUAUUCUCAGAACCUCAGCUUAACAGCAUUACCAACAUCUACUGCACCUGUUUAUCCUGGAGAACACACUGCUCAACACACGUCUGGUUACUCCUCUACACCUGCCAUGCCUCGGUAUGCAUCUCUUCAUGAACGUAUUCGCACUUUCCAAUCUUGGCCUCACAAAAAGCCCAGCCGGGAAUGGGUUGCUGAAGCAGGGUUUUACCAACUUGGAAUCGAUGAUACCGUGUGCUGUUAUAUGUGUAAUGGUCACCUCCGAGAGUGGGACGAAUCAGACAAUCCAUGGAUUGAACACGCCAAAUUUUUUCCAAACUGUCUUUAUUUAAGAAAUAUGAAAGGUGACGCAUUCGUUGCAGAAAUCUGUCGAAAUCUCGAACAUUUACCGAAGGAUAAUCGCAACAGGGUAAUAACUCAGCGUAGUUUCACGACUGCUGACCAUGUGUCAUUUGCGGGGCAGCCAGGUCAAGCUGGUUUCUCUAACUCCUUGCCGGAAGUGUUUUCAUCUUCCGGCCAAAGUACUUUUUCUAGUUCUCACCAUCCAUCUGGAUUUUCCAACCCCAACAACCUAACUGGGCUGACCAACUCGAGCCAAAGAGCAUUCCUGAAUACUGGCCAGGUUGAGUUUUCUAAUAGUGGUGAACGGCCAAUUUUUAGAUUACCAUACCACAGUAACAUCAGUUCCUGCAUGGACCCUAUUCUGGAUGAGCUUCGAUUAUUACCUGACGUGAAGGGCCCCGUCAACCGGACUGCAGCAGCGUCUAGCCACCUAAGUACCGCAGAACACCGGCAGUUACAGCAGCCACAAGCCCAACACCACCAGGUUCCAGUGCCACCAGUCCAACCAUCUUGGAGCAGUCAAGAAACUAAUCCCAGACUGUUCGGUUCUAUUCACACUUCAAUCCAGCCCCAUAGGCUCCUUGGUAUCGAGCCCAAUGACUGGAGAGAAGCAAAAGUUUGCAAAAAGGACCCCACCCAGCAAACAGACAAGUACCGUCCAGUGAGUAGAAUUUCAUCAUGGUUACAUGUUCCUUCUUCUCAAGAAACAACUUCUGAAUCCUGGAGAAGUAAACUGCAAUUAUGUCUGCAGCAGCCUCGUGUGCUGACCUUCUUAGAGAAUGGUUAUAGUGAACGAAGGAUUCGGAAAGUCUUAAAGAAACAACUGCAAAGUACUGGGGAAAACUUUGUAAGUCGUGAAGUAAUGUACCGAGCUCUGGAAGAUACGGACUCUGAAGACGAAGAACGUCAUCAGUGGAUGCACCAUAGACAACAGAUUCAGCAUCUGCAGCAGUUGCAGCACCAACAUCAACAGCAGCAGCAGCAGCAGCACCAACAGCAACAGCAGCAGCAGCAACAACAACAGCGCACUGUAGUUAGUGAUCAACAAAGGACAAGUGUUUGUACAUCUCUGUCACAACCACCACGUUCGCCGCCACCACAGCCACAACCACAACCAUCAUCAUCGUCGUCGUCAUCAUCGUCAUCGUCAUCGCCAUCAUCAUUGUCAUCUGCCCUUCAACAGACAAAUCCUUCGUCAUCUCAGCGCCACGUGCACCAGCAUCGGUCGAAUGCAAGGCAAUCGCAGCAGCAUUUGUCUUCUGCGGCUGUUUCAUCGAUUGUGCGACACUCCCAACAGCAGCAGCAGCAGCAACAACAACAACAACACCAUCACCACCAUCACCACCAACAGCUACCACCACCACCACAACCACAGCAGUCAUCCUCCUCCUCCUCUUCGUCGUCGUCGUCGUCGUCAUCGUCUUCAAUUGCAGCCGCUGCUGCAGCUGGGUCUGUACUCACACAUGCAAUCAGGAGUACUUCUGCACAACCGCCUCUCCCUUCUCCUUCACAUUUGCAACCAUCGUCAAGCUCGUUGUUGCCGUUAGCAACCAUGCAGCUGCAGCAACAACAACAACAACAGCAGCAGCUGCAGCAGCAACAGACAUUGUCUCCACCUUCGCAGCAGCAACAGCAGUUGCACAUGCAGCCACACCCACAGCUGCCAGCAUCAAUGCAGCAUCACCAACAACAACAGCAGCAGCAACAUCAUCAGCAGCAGCAACAGCAGCAGCAGCAACAACACCAGCAGCAGCAGCAGCAACUGUCUUCACCACCUUCACCAGGUGAAGUACAGGUUGCGUUAUCGGUCCCCCCUCACUCCCCGCUACCUCCCCACCCACACCAACUUCACUCACCACCACCACCACCGCAACCGCAACCCCCACAGCCACAGGCUGCGGCUCCACUGUCCGUGCAGCCCCUGCAGUCUCCCCGGUCGUCCCCGACACCUCAAGUCCAGACCUCACCUUCGCCCUCAUCCAAUCAGCAUCAGUCGCCUGUUUUGCCACAGCCACCACCACCAACACCAACACCACAACAACAACAACAACAACUGCAACAACAACCACAACAGCAGCAACAACAACAACAACAGCAGCCGGUAACUAGCCAGUUACCAGCAGCACCAGUACCAUCCCCAUCAGCAUCGGUACCAUCCCAGCCUCAACAACAACAACAGCAACAACAACAACAACCACCCCCGCCACCCCCACCAACAUCAGUUCCACCGCCGCCGCCCCCUCCACCACCACCACCUCCUCCCCCUCCCCAGAUCAUCAAUGAGCUGCCUCCUGUGUCGGUGAGUGGGGAAAGCAAAGCCCAGUCCAGUGUAACGGCGCCAUCUAUCGGCAGUCUGGAAAAGGAAGGUGAUGAUACUGACACGUCUUCGCCGUUCACGACCAAACUAGACGAUACACUCGAAUCAAAAGACGGCAAAGAAGACUCUGCUGAAUCUGAAGAAAAAAGGAGACUUGAAGAACUUUUGGAGGAAAAUCGUAAUUUGAAAGAAUUAAACCAAUGCAAAAUCUGUAUGGAUAAUGACAUCAACGUUACGUUUAUUCCAUGUGGGCAUCUGGUGUGUUGUAGUGACUGUGGCAAAUCUGUCAGGCACUGUCCUCUUUGUCGAACCCCUAUAGAGCGUUCUUUUAGGGUUUAUCUUGGCUGAACAUUUUGUGUGCAGGGGUGGGGGGAGGGUCUUACCUAACAGAGUCCUGUCUGGAAACUUUUUUUUUUUUUUUGAAGCAAGCAAGAUGUUGAAUUCCAAAAAAAAAAAAAAACUACAGGAAGGAAAAUGUUUUCAUUUAAAAAAAAAAAAAAUUUUUUUUUUUUGUCUGUGACGGUUUGUGUUUAUUGCUAAAAUUCUAGCUCCUUCCCUCAAAAGUGGGAGAAGCCAUUGGACAUUGAUCCAGCAUCAUUUCAACAUACUACAACUAUUAUUAUUAUUAUAAUUAUUAUUAUUAUUAUUACUAUCACUACUACUACUACAUCUGCAAGGCAUGAACCGUUUGACAGUAAAACCUUCCUGGACAACAGCUGCUAAUCUCUGAACCCUGCCUGUUGCUACACAUACAUUUUAAUCUAUAUGUAUAUAUAUAUAUAUAUCUAUAUAUAUAUAGAUAGAUAUAUGCAGACUUUUCUCUCCUCCCCCCCUUAAACCUGGUACAAGGGUACAUGAGACUUGUGGGGAAUUGAUACUCUGAAUAACAAAAAAAAAACAUGAAAUAAUGUAUAAUAUAAAUAAAAAGAAACUUGGAAAAAAAAAACCGAAAAAAUAUACACAUGCAUACCCCCUACUCCCCCAUAAAAAAAAAACAACUAAAGACCUAAACUUGGCUCUAACUCUGUCCCCUACCACAAAACAUCCCUUUUUUUUGUUGCCAUGUUAUUGUGAGAGUAUAGAGCUUCCCCACCCA